UUCUCUCUGUAAUUUGUGGUUUAGGGUUUCUUUCUAUAAUUUGUGUAUUUCUUGUACCUUUUACGCGCUCCUGAUUUAAUUUGUCGUGUCGUCGUUCUAAAUUAUCUAUUUCCUCGUCUCGUCGUUCUAAGUCAUCUUCCUGUUUUAGGGUUUAUGUGACAUGCAGGCCAUUGAUUCUUCUCGCAGUACGAAUCCUUUCAUUCUAUGCAUCUCAUCUAAUUUGGAAAUUCCAUCCUUUGUUUUCCCAGUCGAAUCCACUUUUUGUUACUUUUCCGCUUCUGGGUUUAAAGAUCCCAGUCUACUUCAGUUUGGGUAAUUAUUAGGGUUUUAAUUGUUUCGUCUCUAGAUUUCAUUUUAGAGGGCCACCCCCCUAAAAUUGUUUUAAAAAUCGGGGCUUUGGGCAUUGUUUAGGGUUUUUGGUUGGUGUGGGAUGAAUAGUAUAUUUAGCGAACAGAUACUCGCAGAUAAGCUCUCCAAGCUCAACAGUACUCAGCAGUGUAUUGAAACAUUGUCUCACUGGUGUAUAUUUCACCAAAGCAAGGCAGAAUCAGUUGUUGCAACAUGGGAUAAACAGUUUCACAGCUCACAGAUGGCUCAGAAAGUCCCUCUCUUGUACCUUGCCAAUGAUAUUCUACAGAACAGCAAACGCAAAGGAAAUGAAUUUGUUAAUGAGUUCUGGAAAGUCCUUCCUUCAGCCUUGAAGGACCUUCUUGAGAAUGGUGAUGAUCGUGGGAAGAAUGUGGUUUCUAGAUUGGUAGGUAUAUGGGAAGAACGAAGAGUCUUUGGGUCCCGAGCACGAAGUCUAAAGGAUGUGAUGCUUGGUGAAGAAGUGCCUCCACCAUUGGAAUUAAGCAAAAAACGUUCGCGCUCUGCAUCUGUUAGAAUUGUGAAACGGGACUCGAGAUCCAUUAAAACGAAGUUAUCGAUUGGGGGAACGGUUGAAAAAAUAGUUUCAGCAUUUCAUUUGAUACACAGUGAACAGCCAAAUGAAGAUGAAGAGAUGAGCAAGUGCAAAUCAGCAGUUCAUCGUGUGAGGAAGAUGGAAAAAGAUGUGGAUAUUGCCUGUUCAAUUGCGAAGGAUAAAAAACGUGAAGCCUUGUCCAAAGAACUAGAAGAUGAAGAAAAUCUCCUGAAAGAGUGCAUUGAGAAACUCAAGUCAGUUGAAGCUAAUAGAGCAGCACUUGUAACACAGUUAAAAGAAGCUCUUCACGAACAGGAAUCUGAGUUAGAGAAUGUUCGCACACAGAGGCAGGUAGCACAAGCACAGGCGGAUGAAGCCUUUAACAUGCGGAAGCAUCUUAGUGAUGAAGAUUAUGUGUCAACCUCAUCUGCUACAACAAUCCUAUCAAUUGAUGGCAAUGGAAAAGCUGGAGAAACACCAAAGCGGACUGCAGCAGCCAUUGCAGCUGAGGUUGCAGACAAGCUUGCGGCUUCUAGCUCCUCUCAGAUGAUCAUGCAUUCUGUUCUCUCUACAUUUGCAGCUGAAGAAGCCAAAAAUGUUGGUCUAAUAAAGGCAUCAACACAGUCGAACUCCCUCAAUUCCGUCACUGAUGCAAUUUCAAAAUCAGAGAAGUCGCUGGCAGUUGCAGAUUCUAAUGCUCUUAUGCCAGCACAACCGUUAUGUGCUCCAAUGAGCCAUUCUUAUCAAUCCGUUCUUGUGCCUCAGCCAGCCAUGCAAAGCCAAACCACUUCCUCUCAACCUCAAUAUCACAUGCUUCCUAACAUAGCCACACAACAAUUUUUGCAGUCAUCUGGGCAGACACUAACCCCGUAUGGUACUUAUGGUUGUAUGCCACCAUUGCCGCCUGGACCACCACCACCAUCUCCCUACAUGGUUAGUCCUAUGUUAUCUUUGACUGCACAACCAUUGCCAAUAACUCAGCAGCAGCCAAUACCAUCAGGUCAGCAAACAACACCCUUGACGCAGCAGCAACAGCUGCCGGUAACUCAGCAACCACCUAUGCCUCCUAGUUUCCGGCCUCUUCAACCACCGGGAAUGGUGUACUAUGGUCAUCCACCAUAUUCAUAAUGAAUAGAACUAGUCGUUUAGAUUAGGCAGAUGAAAACUUGGAAAUUUUGGUUUGUGAGAAAUUGGAAUUGUUGUAGCUAUAAUGAUCAUA